AGUAAAUUAAGUUUAUAAUGUUUAAUAGUUAUCAAUACGAUAAAUAAUUGGCAUUUACAAAAGAGAUAGAUAAAAUUAAAAAAGAUUACUUAAAGUAAAGAGAGAAUCGUAAAGGUAUUGAAAAAAAUUGAAUUAGACCUUAAUCAAAGAUUAUCAAAAAAUUAUAAGAAAAGAAUAGAAAAUUUUGUGAUAAAUAUGUUGGAGAACCCAAUUGUUUGUAAUGAAUACAAACCACCUGAGGCAUAUUAAUUUAGAGAAGAAGAUCCUACAAAAAAUUUAGGAGAUCCACAAAUAUAUGUUAAAGGAUUUAAGCAUGAAAAAGAUAGAAUAUAAGAAGCUUAAGAGAAGAAUAAUAAUUUAGAUUUCUUACCAAAUUUAAAAGUAGGAAAAUAUUGCUUUAGAGAAAGAGACCCUUCAAAAGACAUAAAAAGAGAUGUUUUUAGAUAUAGAGAUAAAACUGCUUUAGCAAGAAUUGAAUAAUUUUUGAAAGAUCAUACAUAAUCUUAAGUAGAAAAUAUGAAACUUGAUCAUAAAAAGAUUUUAAAUUUAGAACACUUUUCUGAGGGAAUGUCUUCAUUAGAAAGAAAAGCAUAUUUAUCAAGAUUAAUAGCAAAGAAUUUACUACCAUCAUUACAUAAUAAGACUCAUUUUUAAGCUGCACAAACCAUGUAUAAUAAUUUACCAUGUAAAAAUUAAUAAUAAUAUUUAAGUAACUCUAAUGGAACAUGCAAGAUCUCUACCUUAAGUACAUACAUAAGAGGAUAGCAGAAGGAAACCUCCUACAUCUUAAGAAAAAUAAAAAACAAUAUCAGUUGAAGCUUAAAAUAAGUAAGACGAUAAUGGUAAUUAACCAAAAUAAGGUAAUGAAACAGAAACAUUCAAUCCUGUUGAAACUUCUAAAUAAAUUUUAAAGAGAUGCAAUAUAAUUAAAGAAAGAAAUGUAAAAGUAAAAAAAAUACGUUUAUUUAAUAGGCUCCUGUUGUUCACUCUGGAUCUGGACAUUUAAUUUCUACUCUUGAUAAAUCUAUUUCAGAAAUAUAUAAAGAACUUUAUAAAGUUGAAAUUGGAUAAUCCAAAUUGCGAUGA